GAUUCUCGAGGAGGGCCUAUGCAACAGACGGGCCGGUAGGGCCCGGGGCCCGGUCAGUUACCGGCACAUGGUAACUUGCCACAUUUGCGUACCCUUGAGUACUCACUCAUCCUAAUCCCCAGUCCUUGCUCUAUGCUGAUUACCUUGUACAUUAUUAUUCUUCAUCCUUUGACUUCUGAUGCCGAGUGCGUUUUUAUGCGCGUAUCAACAUCUAAAAGACUCCGGAAUCGACUUUGGCGGCCGCAAAUUUUUUGUCUUGGAGACCCUGCGCCAUGGGGUUGCAUCCUAUGACUGGUGGUCCACCUUUAGGCGGUCGUCACAUGCGUUGAAGAGCAUCCGGAGAUAAGCCGCAGGAUACAAAAAGUGGAUGCAUGGAGUGGGGUGCGCGUAAAGACGAUGAAGACUUCCCUUGCCCUCAUCGCCAUCCUCCCCGCCGCCGUAUUCGGGUGGGACACCUUCGUGGUACCGCAUACGGCCGGUGCGGACGAUAUGCCCGCGUUCUCCGCGCUGGUAGCGAAGCACCCCACCAAUGCGACUAUCCUUUUCGCGCAGGGCACGACGUACAACAUUUUCACGUCGGUUAAGUUCCCCAAACUCACGAACGUCGAGAUUGCCAUCGAGGGCAACCUGACGUAUCCGACCUCUAUCGCCGCAGUGCAGAAGGUCGUGAGCUCGUCCGCCUACGGAGGGUCUUGGUUUACCUUCACGGGUGGAUCGAAUGUCACGUUGCGAGGCUCAACGGAUCCGAACUGGGGCUGGAUUGACAGUCAUGGGCAACAAUGGUGGGACGCAAACCAGCAAACUAGUCGCCCACACGGCAUCGCGUUCAGCAAAAUUACGAACGGUGUCAUCAAGAACAUGAAGCUGUGGAUGCCUAUCGGAUGGAACUUUGCGACUAGCGGUGUCAACAAUGUGCACAUCUUCAAUAACACGAUCAUCGCUCGCUCCAGCACUUCAUCGUUUCCGUUCAAUACCGACGGCUUCUCCGCGGGCGGAAGCAACAUUCUGCUGGAGAAAAACCACAUCGUGAACGGAGACGACUGUCUGACGGUCACCAGCGGCGCCACGAACAUCACCUGGAGGAACUCGUACUGCGAAGGGGGCCAUGGAUUGUCCAUUGGUUCUUUGGGCAAAGGCGGAGCGAAAGCUCAAGUGGAUAAUGUCUACAUCGAAAAUACUGUCAUGGUUAACUCCCUGUAUGCGGCACGCUUCAAGAGCUGGACCGGCGGUAAUGGUCUUGCUCGCAACAUCACGUGGAAGAACAUCACAUUCCAGAAUGUGCCCUUCCCGAUCUAUGUUACACAAAAUUAUUGGGAUCAGGGCAGCGGCUCUCGACCAAACGGCACUUCUGUCACAAACACUCAUAUUCAAGACUUCCUAUUCGACGGCUUUUCCGGUACCAUCCAAGACACCCCGGGUUACAUCGAGGGCUCUUGUGUGACGAACCCCUGCUGGUAUGCGGUCACCAAUGCGACAGGGCGGGAAGUGAUAGACUUCGACUUGUAUCCCGGGACUGCAACGAACGUGCUGACGAAGAGCAUCUCUGCAAAGACAGUAACGGGCCGGCCAGUUGCUGUGAUGUGCGACCCCUCGACUAUCACCAACGACCCCGGAUUCAAAUGCCUGGAUGGCACUUUCACGCCUGAUCAGGCGGGAGCGUGAAUAGUCUCGAGUGUCCGUUGAUAUUUCAUACACGUGGAUUUGACAUAAUGAAAAGAGAAUUGACCGAGCAUCAUCACCUAGCUGCUAGUCAUCAGUAAAGCCUACUUUGGAGGCGGCGAGAAG